GUUUUCUCUCUCUCUUUCUUUUGUGGUUCUUCCCCUUCUUUAAAGCUAGUUCGUUAUCUCUUCUCUUCUUACUCUCUCUUUUUCUAACUACCUUACCACAACUUCCUCUCCUUACCAAGUUUCAUACAGUACACACACAAAAAAAAAUCUUCUUUCUUUUCCUUAUCCAUAUGUGUUGUGUAAGCAAUUAAAUUAAAUAAAAGAAAACUACGCUAGCACAGAGCCAUAUUUGUAACGAAAGAACGAAUUUAAGGAUGUCGAGCAGAAGGUCGAGGCAAUCAUCAACAGGAUCCUCGAGGAUUUCAGAUGAUCAGAUAAUUGAACUUGUCUCAAAAUUGCAACAGCUUCUACCGGAGAUUCGCAAUCGUCGCUCUAGCAAGGCAUCGGCAUCGAAAGUACUGCAAGAAACAUGCAACUACAUAAGAAAUUUGAAUAGACAAGUGGAUGAUCUUAGUGAUCGAAUUUCUCAGUUACUCUCAACUAUUGAUGCUGAUAGUCCAGAAGCAGCAAUCAUCAGGAGUUUAUUAAUGUAGUAACCAUAUACUCCUACGAAUUAAUUAAUGUAUUUUCAUUUCUAAAUAUUGGAGCUAUAUUUAUAUAUAAAUCUUACUACCAAGUUCUUG